UAUUUGAUUUAUAUAUAGUACUCGGUGAAGAUUUCGUUUCUUCACGAGAGGUAUAAUUCUGUCCAAUUCUGUCUGUCACCGAUAGCUGUACGUAGAGUUAUUGUUUCAAUAUAACGGAUAAGGCUAACGAUGCCGCUGCAAGUUCACGACGUUCAGCAAAAUGUCGUGGAGCCAAUGCAGGUUGAUGCUCCUACAGAGGAUAAUGAUAAUGCUGAAGAGGAACCAUAUAUAGUAGAAAACCCGACGCUAGAUUUGGAAGUAUAUGCCAAUAGUUAUACUGGACUCGCAAAACUACACAGGCUUGUAUAUAUCGCUGAUCAUUGUCCAUCAUUACGAAUAGAAGCAUUAAAGAUGGCAAUUACUUAUGUGAUGACUACAUAUAAUGUUGGACUUUAUAUAAUGUUGCAUAAAAAGCUUGUAGAAGCUAUGGGCUAUACUCCUGGAUUACCAGAUAUAGCGACACAGUCAACCUCUCAGGAUAUGCCAACAAUGGAUCAGACAUGGGUAGAGACUCGAUCUAAGAAGGCUGCUCUUAAGUUAGAAAAGUUCGAUACUGAUCUGAAAAAUUACAAGAGCAACUCUAUUAAGGAGAGCAUACGAAGAGGUCACGAUGAUUUGGGAGAUCACUACUUGAAUUGCGGCGAUCUCGUUCAUGCUUUAAAAUGUUAUUCUAGAGCACGAGAUUACUGUACUAGUGGCAAGCACGUUGUGAACAUGUGUUUGAAUGUAAUCAAAGUUUCUGUUUAUCUACAAAAUUGGUCUCAUGUACUUAGUUAUGUCACCAAGGCUGAAAGUACACCAGACUUUCCAGAAUUACAUGGUAAAGACAACAAUCAAGCGAUAGUCACAAAGUUAAAAGUGGCAGCGGGCUUGGCAGAAUUGGCAACAAGGAAAUAUAAAAUGGCCGCAAAACAUUUUUUACAAGCGUCUUUAGAUCAUUGCGACUGCCCUGAAUUGCUGUCCCCUGGAAAUGUAGCUCUUUAUGGAGGACUUUGUGCUUUAGCAACUUUUGACAGACACGAAUUGCAAAAACAAGUUAUAUUUAGUAGUUCCUUCAAAUUAUUUCUAGAAUUAGAACCACAACUCCGAGAUAUAAUUUUCAAAUUUUAUGAAUCAAAAUAUGCAUCUUGUUUGAAACUGCUCGAUGAGAUAAAGGAUAAUAUUCUCUUGGAUAUGUACAUAGCACCUCAUGUAAACCUGUUGUAUACACAAAUUCGAAAUAGAGCCUUGAUACAAUAUUUUAGUCCUUACCUAAGUGCAGACAUGAGAAGAAUGGCGACUGCAUUCAAUAGAACUGUAUCUGAAUUAGAAGAUGAACUCAUGCAACUUAUUCUCGAUGGUCAGAUUCAAGCUCGUAUAGAUUCACACAACAAGAUUUUAUAUGCAAAAGAUGUCGAUCAACGUAGCACCACUUUUGAGAAGUCUAUGAGUGUUGGAAAAGAUUAUCAGAGGCGUACUCGUAUGUUAAUCUUAAGAGCUGCGAUGUUGAAACAGCAUAUUCAUGUGAAGAGUCCUCAACGGGAUAGUACACAAGGAGGUGAAAUGUCAGUAGCACCUGGAAAUGGCACUUUAGCUGUAAAAAAUUGAAAUUGUAUGCGCAUUAACUGGAAGAAGCAAAAAUUUAUAUGCGUGUCUCUCUCUUUCAACUGCCAUGUCCAUCUAGGUAUGAGAAGAUAAGAUUUCAUUGUCACAUCCGAUAUUGCGUUAUUUCUGCAAAGUCAAUGACCUGUACCUCAUUUUCAACAUAUGUAUAAUAUAUAACAUGUACACACACACACACACACACACACACACACACACACACACAAAAAAUACACACACACAAGUUAAUCAAAAAGAAAUCAGACUAGGUCUAUUAAAAUUUAAAUAUUUUUUACAUAAUUUAUAUUUGGAAUCCACAUCCCCUUCAAAGUAGUAUACAUUGUUUUACAUUGAUUUUGUUGUACAUUGAUCUCAUUGCUUUUAUCAUACCUCCUUUAGAAAUGUCUUUUAGAAAUCUUUAUCUCAAAUUAUGUUAAAACAUCUUUUGUGAUUUAGCCUGGGAUGUUCUUGAUUCUUGAUUGGAAUACCGCUUCUUGAGAUUCAAUUUUAUUGUGAAAAAUAAAAAGAAAAUCGAGUCAAGCUAAAUCCGGGUAGUAAAGACUCAAAAAAGUGAGAAAACUCAAGAGCGCAAUGAAGAUCAUCCUAAUUGUUUUUUUAACAUUGAGGAAAUCAUGCACCAAGAAUUUGUUUCUGCCAAUCAGUCAAUAAAGAUUUUUUUAUUGCAACAUUUGAGAUUGCGUGAAGAUGCAAGAAUUUAGAACUUAGAUAUAAUUAAGGCCAUCCAGAGUGAAUCGCAAAAAGUGCUUUUAGAUAAAGAUUCCAGAGUACAUUUGAGGAGACAUUAUGAAAGCAAUGGAAUUGCUGUAAUAAAAUUAGAAAGAAAUUUGAAGGUGAUGAAAGA